CAUCCGGCUGCCUUGUGCAUGUCCAGCUAGUUUGCUUUUAUACCUGCCUAUAUAUUGUAAUAAAUGCUACUCCGAAUACAAUUACGUGUGAUUAGCUUCAUUUUCACCUGCUCUUGUAUAUAUAUCGUUCGUUAUUGUUAAGAAGAAGAGAAGUGAAUUUGAGUGGGUGGAACGCUUAGUUAGUCCACAGAUUGCUCCUGCUAUCGGUCUCCGCCUCCUCAAAGACAUCGUGACUUCUUCUCUUUCUUAAUCCUAUUCCAUCAGUUUUGAGGCCAAUUAUUAGGGUGUUUGGCUUGUCUUCUCCCAUGGCAAAUUACUCCGUUUUGGCUUUUUUGCACGGACGGGUAAUUUGAUGAGCUAAUCGAGCUGAAUUGCGAAGCGUAUUGGUUGUCCUUGGGAUUUGUUGACGGAUUGCAUCAUGCUGAAUUUGGGGAAAAUUCACUGAAAAAUGCUUUGCAUCUCAUGAGAUUCGGGCUUGGUAAUGGAGGGGGAGGCAAAGAGCCACUAUCACACGCGCGUGCGCGGCUCCAAGCGCGGCGGCGGCACGGCGGCGGAGAGGGACCUGCUGCUGCAGUGGGGCAACCGGAAACGGCUGCGCUGCGUUAAGGUGCACCGCCGCGACGUUGCGGCUGCUGCUACGGUCGCCGCCGAGAAGGCAGCGUCCAGCCAGCGACGCGCCGCCGCCGCCGCCGCCGCACUGCAGCACGGCAGCCUCAGGAAUUCAGAGAGGGCUGGCAAUAUGGGAUCAUCAGCACAGCAGCAGCAGAACAAUGUGAUCCACAUGAUGGCAUCACCUGACAGGGAGCGUCAAGUAAAAGGAGGCGGCAACUGCAAUAAUGGAAAUUUAUUAGCCUCUCCAGACGACAAGAAGGGCUCGUCUUCAGGAAGUGAGGGGUCUGUGUGGCCGAACGUAACAAUUGCACUGACAAACAAGGAGAAGGAGGAGGACUUCUUGGUGUUCAAAGGUUCAAGACCGCCCCACAGGCCCAAGAAGAGAGUAAAGGCCAUCCAGAAGACCAUCAAUCUUGUAUGCCCGGGUACAUGGCUCUGCGAUUUGACUCUUGAAAGGUAUGAAGUCCGAGAGAAGAAGGCUUCGAAAAAGCGGCCAAGGGGAUUGAAGGCUAUGCAAAAUAUGGACAGUGAUUCAGAGUAACUGAAACGACUGAAUCAGCAUCGCUGAAACACCACAAAGAACUGGAAGAAGGGAUACAUACGUACCAUGAUGACUUGAUUCCUAGAAGGGAAAGACAAAACAAGCAUACUCGAAGUACACUCGGUUACUGUUCAUUGCCGGUACAUAUAUGAAGAUCAAGUUGCUCGCCCUAUGGGGCACGUAAUUUAAGAGGCUGCAGAGUAGCGAUGCCAAUAAUGCCUGCGCUCCUCAUGUUACACGCAGUAGCGAGUCGUGACGCGACGCCAAGAUGUUGGUGCGCCUGUUGGCGCCCAGGCUCCAGAGUACGUCCUGUGAAAGAACAGGCAGUGCCUGUUAUGAACGGUCCUGGAUUAUUGACGCUGACAUGAUGUUACAGUGUGUAAAUCCAAGGAGAAGAUCUUUUUGCA